AUGUUUGGGCCUGGUGGGCCUCAGAGUAGUAGGCCUUCUCCUGCUGCUCUUGGGGCCUCUGUUGCUUUAGGCGGACCUGUUAAUGGGCUUGGGCCUUGUUUGCCUUCUCGUCAAGUUCAUAAAAAGGUAGUUUCUCCUUCUGCUGCUUCUUCGCCUGUUAGUAAGGUAGUGAAGGUGAGUCCUGUGAUUGAGAAUGGGAGAGCAGUCUGUGGUGGUGACUCAAGAGAAGGUGGUUACUAG